GCCAUGCUCUGCUGGUAUUCUGCGCGCUAGAUAAACUUGUGAAUGGAGCAUGAUUACUACGCGUACACUUCCUCAUCUGAUAUGAGCAUCGAUGAUCCUACGAUAUGCACUUACGUCAUACCUGACGAACUUGCCAAAUACUACACUAAGGAAGACCGUGACCAACUUCGACUGGAUAUUCCUAUCCCAUUACCCGAAUAUUCGGAUGUUGAUGAGUAUCUGGCAGUGUUCGGUUCUAGAGGACUCUUCGACUAUGUAAAUGAAGUGGAACUGCGAAAGGAUAUGCGCCGUUUCAUAUAUGAUGAAACUGUGAGAAUCCAAGAUGAACGGGAAGAUGCUCUGAUUCUGAAAGCUCUAGAGACCGGCUUCGAAUUGCCUGAUAUAGAUCCAGAUCCACAUCCGGUUUUGGAUCAAGCCGAGGUAUUUGCCAACAAGUUCUCUCAUAUCAUGCGUAACUCCCCUUCAGAUGAAUUGGCAGAACUAAUGCGACGGCAGAUUGCUAUGAUGAAUGAGAUGAGCCAAGUAAUCCGCGUCCGCAAUUGGGAAUUUGCGCAGCUGACGAGUAAGUGUGAAAACGCUGUCAACGAUGCAUCACACAACACUGACGUUCAUCCUCAUGAACUCAGCAAUCUGAACGAGAAACUAAGGAAUCUUCAUGUUUCUUAUGCGUGUCAGGUAGAGUUGCUUGCUGAGAAACAGCGAAAGGAGUUUAGAGAUAUGGUGGACACUUUGUACAAUGGAGGCAGCAUUACUGAUGGCAAGGGCAGAUCUGCAGAAGCCGCGGAGAUGAGACGUCCCACCCAAAAAUCGGAGAGUGAAGAACCCGGUAUCAAUGAAUGCUACACAAUCUACUUAGGAGCGCAGUUGAAAUCUAUGCAUAAUGUUCGGUUGUUGACGGCAAAGUCGAUGGUGGAUCUUUGCACGCCUUUGAGGGGAACUGACGUAGGUUCGUUAUUGCAAAUGUCUAUCUCACUUUACGGGCGACAGCUCAGCGCUACAAUACUGUUAGUGCCUAGCGAUCCACUUUAUCAUUGUAGCGACGGCUCCAGAUUUGCUCAGGUAUGCGAGCAGACGACAGAAUUGCAUUUUGAUCCGUUGCCUGUACAAUUGAAGGAAGUCAUGGAAUCGACUAUAAAAGCUAGUCAGUGGAGAGAGGAGACUGCUUCUGAACGCUCGAAGUCUACUGAAUCCCCACAGUCGCAUAAGAAAUCUCAUGAGACAACUCUAGAAGUUGGUGAUGUUUAUUCUACUCGUCAUUCGAACUUGAGAGAUGUACAGCUCGUUUUUCAUCUCGUUGCUGACGAAUCUUUGAAAACUAUGGAUAUCUCAAGCCGGCAUCCUUGCUUGAAUGGAAUCCGUAAUAUCAUUCGUCUUACCCAGCGCCUGGGUAUAACAUCAAUACACAUUCCGUUGCUUCUGGUUGAGGAAGCAUCUGAGAAUAUGACAAUCGCUUGGUGUAUGAAGAGAGCUGAGAUGGUUUACAAAUGUGUGAAAGGUUACUUCAUGGAGGUGUGCGGGAGUUGUGGUGGAACUGCUGUUGGUGGUUUCACGAAUGUUCCGCACUACAACAUUCAUUUUGUUCUGCCAUCGGGCUUAGCGGAUGGAGUGUCACCAUUCCGUUUAGUCGCUCGUUAUCCGACUGAACGUCGACGUGCCCUUGCCGCGUUGGAUUCAGAAGAAGAGGAAGAGCUUAUUGUAGAUUUGAGUGCCUUGGAAUUACGGGUAUACAAUAUGCGUUUCGAUGCAGCUACUUCACCUACAGACAACAUGGAGGAAACACCAGGCUGCGCCGAUGCUGGAACGUUGAUGUUUGGUGGUGAAAGCAAGCCUAGAAAGAUCGAGUACCUGACGUUUACGCCGGACAGUUUGAAUCAUAUCGGACGACAAACUGCUGCAGAACUCCGAGAAAAGUACACCCAUACCGGUCUAAACUAUAAUCUUGCUUUCAAAAUGAUCAACAGCGACACCAAAUUAGUAAAAACUGUCCUGCAUAGUCAUGGUUUCACACAAUGUUCACGCAAAAAUCCUUCAUUCAAUCUGCUUUGGUGUGGAUCUUCAGUGAAAGCAACACGAAUGCGGACUAUUCAGCCGUGGCAACGAAUCAACCAGUUCCCUCGGUCUACAGAGCUUACCCGAAAAGAUAAGCUUUAUGACAAUCUAGCACGAUCAGCUGCUAUAUUCGGUGAUGCAUAUAGUUUUGUUCCUGAAUAUUUUGUUACUCCACGGGAUGUUUCAUUACUGGAAACAGCCAUGGAGCAAUCGAUGUCUGAUUUCACUUAUAUUGUUAAACCUGUUAGUUCAUCGCAAGGACGAGGAAUUUUCUUUGCAAAUAAGCAUCAAGAAAUCCCUCAAAACGAACCACUGUUGGUCUCUCGCUAUAUCGAAAAUCCGUUACUUAUUGAUGGACACAAGUUUGACCUUCGUAUAUAUGUAGCUGUGACAUCAUUUUUUCCUCUUGUUGCUUAUGUUUAUUCGGAAGGACUGACCAGAGUUGCGUCCGAGAAAUACUGUAGCGAAGCAGAUACAAAGGAUGCAUUUGUACAUCUAACCAACUACUCAAUUAACAAAAAUAAUUCACAUUUUAUUCGCAACGAAAGUAUGGCAUGUGAAGAUUUUGGGCACAAAUGGACGCUAGGAGCACUUCUUCGUCAUUUGGAGAAGAAAGGCAUUGAUGCUAAAAUGUUGAUGCUGCGAAUAGAAGAUAUUGUGGUAAAAAGCCUACUUUCUGUACAAAAUCGUAUCACAUCAGCGUGUCGUACCACUACACCGCAUGUAGGAACGAAUUUCGAAUUAUUUGGCUUCGAUAUCCUUGUCGAUGAUCAGCUGAAGCCAUGGUUGCUCGAAGUCAAUCUGUCUCCUAGUCUGUCAUGUGAUGCUCCUUUGGACUCUCUUGUCAAAAGCAGACUUAUUUGUGAUCUCUUUAACCUGGCUUGUGUACCAUUAGUGAAUAGGAAGCUGGCUGGCAUUCAGCAAAUUCGUUCAAGCAAGGAGGACGAAUAUGACUCUGAUGUUGAUCAGGAUUCUAAAAAGACCGAAAGAAGUUCAACGAAGAGAAUCAACAUUAAGCGUCGAAGGAAUGCCCGAUUAGCCUUUGCCCCGUCGCCAUAUGCUCCCGAUCCUAGUAUGCGCUUUAUCACAAGACGCGUUAGGACCGAAUUGUCAAGAAGAGGCGGAUUUGUUCGAAUAUUCCCAAGAGAACAUUCGCUACAGCUGUACAGAUGUGUUAUGGAGCGCAUUGGUUCGGAAAAUCGUGACGAACGCUUAUAUAACAAGGAAUUUGGAGUUGGUGAAGAAGAAGAGAGUGAUGAAGAGGAUGAGAAUGGCCUCGCGUCGCUAUUUCAUGAUGCUAUGAUGGAUAGUGCAAAAUAUCCCUCGUUGGAUUCAGUACCACCUCACUUACAACAAGUAUUACGAGGUUGGCACGAUGAUGCGUCUGCCUACACUCAACGUAUAACAAAGGAAGGAGAGAAGUAUGCAGCUAAACUCCCAGUCGUUCGACCCUCUGCUCGUUUGCGCACUAAAAGCUACUCGGAAUGGUACGAGAUAAAGAGGGCCACGAUGGCUGAAGCAAAAUUGAAGCUUCAGCAGGAACAGGACGCUGAAGAAAAGGUGAAAGUGCAGAUCAUCCCUACACAGGAAGAUAAUAAGGAAAAUGCGCCGGCAUCGGCACGUGUAUCUUGAUAGUCGGAGGACCUCUUGUGGAGACAAAGUGCACAAUGGUGAAAUUAUUCUCGUGCAGUCUCUUUUGGAACAUUUCACUUCAAAAAUUCUGUAAUAUUUUCUUUGUCUCUAUCAUAGAUUUAGUUUUUAUUUGUUUUGUGAUAAGAUUCCUCAUCAUAAUUGCUUUCAAAAUUUGUGACCUUUACCCGUGUGUCACCACGGGGACAUUACUUUACUUCCUUCGUUGUUGUUGUUGUUAUCAUCCUUUCAAUAUCAGAAUGCUUUCAUCAUUCCAAUUUCAGGUUCUAGCCAG